CCGUACCUCCACGGAAUCAACAGAUCGGGAGUGCCGGAUAUCCUGUAGGUACCGUAGUGUACAGGAGCCGCUGGGGCAAAAAUUGUCAAGACACUCUUACGUAUGAAUUAGUUUUCAUCGGAAUUCCAUCAAGAAACAUCCAUCCAUCAUCAGUAAGGCCGGCGGAGUGUCGUCGCGAACUGGACUCACGUAGGUUCAACCCCCAGCCUUUUCUUCUCACUGUUUGCGGCCAGUAUCUCAGGGCGCGAUAGUGGGAGCACCAAAGACAAGCGCUUUAUCUGGCAAUCUCCUGCGUCCCGACGAGUGACAACAUCUCGCCUGGCAACCUCUCCCCCUCCCCCUGGGUAUCGAAGCCCCGUGGGAGACGCCUGUGACCCGAAGUGAGGUCACGGGAGGAGGACGUUUGUGAUAAACCGGAGACCCUGGGGACUAACCCGGCGUGAGUGGCCUGCGUCAUGCGGUGCGCCUCGGCACGCUUCCUCAGGCAUGCCUUCGACCUGCUUCUGUACACGUCAGUGGCGGCAGCCUUGGCUUUGACCUUGCUGGGCGUGGUGAAUCCAGCCAGUACCAAGAUAUCAUGUGAUGACCCUUCUAUCAGGAUGCCCUACAGUGGCGACACCAUCACCGUUACCAUGCUUAUUGUGGUCACCCUCAUCGUCCCAUUUUUUGUUAUGACAAUUGUGGAAUGGGCAGUCCCUCCCUCUGGCCAAGGCUCCCCCCCUCUGCGUGAAGGUCUUAGCCGGAGCUGGAGCUACACUGGAGACAUUUUUGUAGGGGGUCUCUUCAUGUUCUUCCUCAACGAUCUUGCAAAGACUACUGUCAGUGAGCCAAGACCACACUUCUGGGAUACUUGUAGGCCGAACAUAACAGCAGAGCAGUGCAGACAACCAUUUGUUAUUCUCUCAUGGCGUGAUUGCACAAACCCUCUGAAGCAGUCACAUCCUCGACUCAUAGAUUCCAUGAAGUCAUUUCCAUCUGGUCAUGCAUCUUUAUCUGUCUUCUCGUCCAUAUUUAUGAUGGUAUACAUCAAGCAAAGAAUAUGGGGACGCUCAUCCCGGCUGUUGGCGCCAUGGAUACAACUACUGUGGGCAGUGUGGACCUUGUACUGCUGUCAGUCCCGUAUAGCAGACAACCGACAUCACUGGUGGGAUGUUCUAGCAGGAGGCAUUUUAGGAGCAGUGAGUUCCUUUUUAACGGUAAGAUUAUUUUCUGUAAUUUUAUUUUCAUUCUGCAAGUCUUUUGUAUGUUACUAUUAUGUUAACAUUAUUUUUGCACUCUUAGAUAUUUAUUUAGUUUACAUAUUACCCUACAUAUAUUUUCAGUUAUUUUACAUCACAUAAA